AUGGCAGAUAAAGACGCCAACGCCUCCCAUCUGGAGGAGGCUGAGCAGCAGGCUGUUUCGGGAACCAAUACGCAGGAUUGGAGUGACUCGGAGGAGAGAGCACUCGUAAAGAGAAUCGACUGGCAUGUCCUCCCAGUGCUAUGCGUCGUAUUCGCCCUCUCGCUGCUGGACCGGACCAACAUAUCCUCAGCCUAUAUUGCAGGCAUGGCCCAGGAUCUGGAGCUAAGCGUAGGUGCCCGGUAUAACAUCGCCCUCCUCCUCUUCUUCGUCCCGUACGCGCUCUUCGAGCUCCCCUCGAACCUCGUCAUCCGGCGCAUCGGCGCCAGAAUAUGGCUUAGCGGCCUUAUCAUCGCCUGGGGCGUAUGUGUUCUCGGAAUGGGAUUUGUCCGGCAUUGGGUCCCUCUUGCUAUUCUGCGGAUUUUGCUCGGAGCGUUUGAGGCUGGAUUGUUCCCCGGUGCCGUGUUCCUCAUCUCGUCCUGGUACAGAACGUAUGAGACGGCGAGGCGAGUCUCUAUCUUCUACAUGGCCUCGUUGUUCGCGUCGGGGUUUGGUGGCAUUAUCGCAUACGGCCUCUCUCUGAUUCGAGCGGGUGAUGGAAUAUACCGACAAGGCUGGAGGUGGAUCUUCAUUAUCGAAGGUGCAGUCACGAUCGCUGCAGGGUUCAUCGCCAUCUUCACUCUCGGACAAUUCCCCGAAAAGGCAAGCUGGUUAAGCAGUCGCGAGAAGCGAACUGCCCUUACCAGAAUCGCCAACCAACACGGUGGCCGAGAGUAUGAGCAUAUCACUGUCAAACAGAGUCUAGUCUAUCUGAUGGAUUGGAAGCUAGGGUUCUAUGCACUGCAAUACUUUAUCUGCGCAUCAAGCGUAUACUCGCUAGCAUUCUUCAUGCCCAUCAUCCUGAGAGAGGGAAUGGGCUUUACCUAUGCUCUUGCUCAGGUUCUGACUAGCCCGCCCUAUUUAGUUGCUGUCGUCCUUAGCCUCCUCAUGGCCUGGAUCUCCGAUAAAUUCCGCGUUCGAUGGGUCAUUCUAUGCACCCAGUCAGUGACCGCCAUCGUCGGCCUCCUAAUAACCCUCUACGCUGUGCCCCCCGGGGUCCGCUACUUCGGAACCUUCCUUGCCGUCUUCGGCACGCAGGCAAACGUUCCCGCAACCCUAGCCUACGGCCAAAACCAGACCGCGCAGCCAGUACGGAAGGGCGUCGUGUCUGCGGCGAUGAUUGCCGUUGGUGCUGCGGGAGGUGUUACAGGGAGCACGAUUUUCCGUGCACAGGAUGCACCAAUGUAUCUUCCGGGGAUGUGGAGCACGAUUGCAAUGCAGAUGCUGUAUACGGUUGGGACGUUUAGCAUGUCUAUGUAUCUUCGUCGUCGAAAUCGGUUGGCGGAUGAAGGGCAGAUUGCUGCAUUGGAGGGAGUGGAGGGGUUUAGAUAUGCUCCAUAGAGUAGAAGGGCGAAGGAUAAGAUUUGAUGGGUUCGAGUCAAAUUGAUUUUGUGUUGAACUGUGCUAUUAACAUAUAUCUAGUGAGAAAUCUUUAUACAACCAAGAGCCAGUAAUGCCUAUACCCUGCGCCGAGAAUGUUUAGAAAAAAAAGCCUAAAGAAUAGGGCAAUCAGCGAGUUGCAUCAGCGGAGAGAGUCUCUCCCAGAGCCUGCCCCGGAGCUCCAGUCCGCCUCUUCUUCAGCACAUUCUCAAUGAAUGCCUCUCCUGCCUUGUAGCUGCUCCGGACCAGAGGACCCGACGCACAGUAGAGGAAGCCCAUCUCGAGAGCACGCUGGCGCCACAGCUCGAACUGAUCCGGCGUAACAUACUCAUGAACAGCCAUAUGUCGCUUUGUCGGCCGCAUGUACUGACCAAAUGUGACGACGUCGACAUUGACAGCCCGCAGCUGGCGUAACGCAUCCCAGAGCUGGUCUUCAGUCUCACCAAGCCCAAGCAUGAGCGAGGUCUUUGUGAUGAGCGACGGGGUGGUCUUCUUCGCAGCGUCGAGGACACGGAGUGACUGCUGGAAUGUGGCCCGGCGGUCACGGACAUACGGCGUUAAGGCCUCGACAGUCUCGACGUUGUGGGCGUACACAUCAAGGCCGGACCGAGCCAUGAGAGCAACCAUUUCUGUAUCCCCAGCAUAGUCGCCGGUCAAGCAUUCCACUAGAAUAUUCGGGGCCUUUUGCUUGAUUUUGAUCACGGUUUCGGCGAAAUGGCGAGCGCCACCAUCGACAAGGUCGUCUCGAUCAACAGUCGUCAACACCACAUAACCCAGACCCCAUCUGGAGAUUGCUUCUGCUGUAUUCUCGGGCUCGUGUGGAUCAAGCGGCGGCGGUGUCCGGGAGGUCUUUACACUGCAAAACCUGCAACCGCGCGUGCAAGUAUCGCCCAUAAGCAUGAUCGUCGCGGUAGCGGAGGCCUUGUCGCCGCCGCCCCAGCAGUCGGAAAUGUUGGGGCACCGCGCCUCCUCGCACACGGUAUGUAAGUUCAAUCCUCGGAGGUCCUUCUUCAGUCGCUGGUAGUUCUUCGAAUCAGGAAUUGGUGUCUUGAGCCAUGACGGCAAGCGGGUCAUUUCCUUCUUGCGGCCGGCGGGGCCGACCAUUGCGGUCUUGAGGGCGUAAGAUUCGGAUGGAUCAAGAGGCGCAUUGUCAUUUCCGCCAGAGACAAAGUCCGCAAAGGAAGGGCCGGUGUUGAGCUUGUCCGUAAAUGUUGUCCGUUUCCUUGGGGGUGCUGUUGAAGCUCCGCCAGUGGCGGAGGAGGAAUCUGUGGUUGCGUAGCCGCGGGAGGUGAGGUGGGAAACGCUCCCUGUGUGAGAGGCCGCGGCCCUAGAUGAUGAGUACAGUACUCUCAGUCGGUUUGUCGCAGCGGCCAUGGCGUGGAUUGCUUGAAGCUCAAUGUUGUUGCAAGAAGAAUGAAUUCCGCGGGAAACCGUCACAG